AUGUCCGAAUACACAUCUACGAUCGAGGGCUUCCAGCGCGCCAUGGAGUGGAGCCUCGCCGGUCCGCCUGAGGAAUCCAAGCUAUACGCUGAAGCUACAGUGACACCCACUUUCUACCAGAUUGUAAACGGGCAUCAGCUCUCGUAUAACGUUUUCCUGAAGAGUAUUGAAGAGUGGCGCGCCAAGGUUACUAGCUAUCGGCCCAAAGUACACGAGUUUCUUCGCGAUGGUAAUCAAUUAGCAGCAAGGCUGGUGGGCACUAUCGAGGUCGACGGGGCUACGACCGAAUAUGAGAGCUUUAUGUUUGCUAAGAUCAAUAAAGAUAAUGGGAAGAUGGAAUAUUUGAUCGAGAGGUCCGUUAUGGGGCCAGUGACUCAAGGACCCGAGCAUAGUGCUAAGGAAUAA